AUGUGGAUUAUACUAGCAACUUUUCUCUUCUUAAAAGCAACAAAAGCCUAUCGAGAGUGUGAUCAAUCCGAUUUUCGAUAUGAAUACACACAGUGUUCGGAAACGGGUGAAAGAUGGAGAGUUGGUAUACCAAGAGAGAAAUCGGAUUGCCGAGGAGGAGUUCCACAACCGGAAAAGGGAUUGAAUUGUUCUUUCUCCUGUCGUCCGGGCAGUUAUCUCGAUUUGGAGACGCAAAAGUGUCGGCCAUGUAAUGCAGGCAGCUAUUCACUGGGUGGUGGGGCUCGUUUCGAGGAAUUCACCCAUUUCCCGGCCGGUUUCUCCGUCGAAAAUAUCGAUUCGAUGGCGGAUUUGGUGAUGCAAACGAGUACACAAACGACGACAAUUCAAUGUCCUGAAGAAGCCGGAUGGUUAGUGAAGGACACAGAGUUGCUUUAUGUUCCAUCACCGUGCCUCUCGAAACUUUCCUUUACAACGACACUUGUUCGACCCGGUUAUGUGGAAUAUGUGUACAGAAUGCCGAAGAACAGCCGAGGCCUUGCGAUGAAUGUGGUGGUUAAAAACGAACAAUGUCAAAGCUAUAGAGAUGAAGUGAAAUCGAUGUUGAUGAAUGGAGCACAAAGACAAGAUGAAAGAAGAGAAGGACACCAUGAUGAGACAACAAAUGGAGAUUGGCAAAGAAAGAGACUCGAGCUGCGCAGUGGUCAAAAUGUAAUUAGUUGGACAGUCGUAAACAAUCGAGAACUUUCUUCACAAAAAGAACCAAUUCGAAUGGCGAGAAUCGAUGUUGUUGGUAUCGCAUUUACUCGUGAAUGCCCUUUAUGCCCAUCAGGUACCUUUUCUCCCUCAGGAUCAGCUGAAUGUCAACCAUGUAAACCGGGAACAUUUUCAUCAAAAGGCAGUGAACAAUGUGGGAUAUGUCCACAAUCACAAUACUCAGGUUAUAAAUCCUCUCGUUGUUUGGAUCGACCAGCCUGUCAGCAAACCGAUUUCUACCCAGUGCACGAGCCGUGUUUGAAGGGGAAAACAAAAGUUGCCUACAAGAAAGUGAUGCCCGCUUUGUGUAGAGAUGAUCUCCCCGGAGCUGCUAAGGUUCCCCCAGACGAACCCGAGAAGUCUUGUCCUCGUUGUAAUCCUGGAAUGGCUGUCAAUUCGAGUGGAUUAUGCGCGUUUUGUGGAAAGGAUGAAUUUUCUGAUGGAGAUGAUUGCAAAAAGUGCCCAACAUCAACAAUUCCCAAUUAUGGAUAUCAUUAUGUGCAAUGGACGGCGAUUCCGCCAAACAUUGAGACUAAAUGCGAGUACAUAUCUGAAGAAGUGCUCGCUCGAUGUGAUAUCGGUGCCACAUGGUUGGCUGAUGGAUCGGCUCUUGUCACGGCUCCAUCACUCCAAACGGGGAUCGCUCUUGAGCUCGUUCUUUCUGUCAAUGAAGGUUUCACGAAUCCAUUACUACCGCGAAACGUGAUCCCAUCAUCCACAAAUCCCAUUGCUCAUCUCACGAUUGUCUUCGAAACACAUUGCGCCGAUGAUUCGUGUGUCAUCUACUUUAUUGAGAACGCUACCCCAUUGGGUCCAUCUCCUCUCUAUCGUUUCCUCGGCGCUUUCAAUGGGCCUCAAGAAAAAAGAGUUUGGACUCAUCCAAUCGCAAAGAGAACACCCAUGAAAUAUCUGGUUGCUUUCAUUCGAUCUCGUGCGGUGAAUGGGGAAGAUUCGGUGACCGAUCAAGCGCGAGUUUUCUCGAUAAAUGUCACCAAUGUUGGUCAUCGAGACGGUGUGCAGGGUGGAGGGGCAUCUGAAUGUGUCGCUUGUCCAUCAAUGUCCUCCGGGGAUUGUAUUCCAUGUCCAAAAGGACAUUACAUGACAAGUCCGGAUCACAAAUGCAUCAAAUGUCCUGAAGGAACCUAUCUCAAUAUCUCAUCAUCGAGGAUCGGCAUUGAGAAUUGUGUCAAGUGCGGUCCGAAUCUCGAAAGUGACGGUGAUUCAUGUAUCUCAACAGGGAAAUUUGAGAUAAAUCUCCAAGGAAACAAGACAAGAUCCUAUGAUUUGAGUAGUCUCAAAAAUAAAGCUCUUGUCGUCGAGGGAGUGAAAGUGUUUGCAAGAGAAGGGACAUCAUAUUUUCAUACAUUUAAUGUUUCUCUUUUGGGUGGAAAUGUUCAGUGUCGAGAAGAUUUCGAGCAAAAAGAUCAAUUGAUGUUAUAUGGAAAUAUAUACGGAAAUAAUCUCGAAACGGUUGACGGGGCAGCUUGUCGCAUCACAGCGAUUCCUCUAAUCGGAAAUGGGACCAAUAAAAUCGCCCAUAUUUCACCAUUACUUUUGGGAAUUCAAUUGGAAGCGAUUACAAUGGAAAAAGAAUGGAAUGGAUGGAAAUUAAGCGAUAAAUUGCUUGAUUUGGCUUUCGUUUCGAAUGGAUCAAAGAUGAGUCCCGAUUUGCAUUUCUUUUUCUCAACUCCAUCAAUCGGUUCGGAUAUUUGCCCGCGUGGAUCGGCCAUUGUCGUCACGGCUCGUUGUGAUCCACAACAGAAUAAAGCUGAAUUACAUCUUCCUCGUUCAUGUCCAGACGGCACUUGUGAUGGUUGCCUCUAUCAUGCAAUGCUCGAAUCAUCAAUUUCUUGCCCUUUAUGCACUCCUAGUGAUUACACGGUGAUCAAUGGUGAAUGCAUUGAUGGACAACAAACUGUGCAUACAAUACCUGAUAAACAAUGUGUUCUCUCUGGAGCUGCUUUACAAGAACGGAAACAGCAUUGUUCGGUUUUGUCGGCUCAUCUAAAAUUACUCAUCACUGCCGGCACAUUGGCUCUUUUUGGAUUGGCCUUAAUUCUUAUUUGUAUAUGUCAAAAAAAUAGAAGAUUAGAAUACAAAUAUAUGAAAUUGAUUGAGUCGAAGGGUGGAGGUUUUGAAUUGCCGAUUGCUGAGACAUGUGGAUUGGAAUCUGAUGAAGAAGAUGAUGAGCAACAAGAAGAUCGAGUAAUUUUCUCAAAAGGACGAAAAGGUUUCUUUGGAAAAACGAAACAAAAAACGACAAUGGCCGGUGGAAAUGGAGUGAAUGCUCCAUUUGUGGCGCUUGAUGAUAGUGCUGAGGAU